GAAGGGCACUCUUCUGGGCACCUCCCUCGGCUGCCUCGGGGGCUUGGUGCGCUUCUUCCUGGGCAAGGCCGACCCGAAGGCCAAGGCCUCUUCUGCGCCCCUCGCGGCGCCCCUGCGCCGGGGCCGGGGCCUGGGCUUUGCGGAGACAGAGGGCGAGCGCCGGACUUCGGAGGCGGAAAGGCGCUUCGUGUCACGGCGCCUUCUGGGAGAGGCAGCAGGGGCUUCUCCUACAUGCCAGCAGCGGAGGUGGCAGAUUGUGAGACAGGUUCUUCAUGAGAAGGCCUUUCUGGAUCUACUGUCCAGAUUUCUAGCAGAGGCUCGCCUGGGUCGACUUCAGACGACCCCCAAAUAUGGGCCAGCCAAGGAGCACUUUGCAGCAACUCUGGUCGAGGACGAGCUGGCCUGUUUCGCCGGCAGCCACGGCCCUUUGAAGAUAGAGGUGCUGGAGUUUGAGACGGGUCGACCAAAUUUAAAGGUCACCUACCCAGGGGUGGAAGAUGGCGACACAGUUGCCUUCGUCAGCCAUUUUGAUGUUCCUGCCUGGGCACAGCCGGAGAUCUCCUUGCCCAGUGGCGGAUGCUGUGAACGGUUCCUUUAUGGGCCGUUGGGCGACGUGCCGCUUCGAGGUCCGGGAGUGGCAGGCCUUGCCCACACCACUCUGCUCGUCCUUCUCCUCAGCGAGCUGGCUC